AUACCUGUAAAUGACGAGGAUGGCUGAGCAAUUUACACUUAGAUUGAGUGAGCGCUGAACAUCGUUAUUUCUUAACAUUGCUAGGGAGAAUAUAUUGAAUAAAGAACCAGUAAUUUUGGGACAUUUUUAACAAAGAUCGCAACAUGAAAAUGCUAGGAUAUUUUCUGGUAGCUAUGUGUGUGGGCAUUAGCUUUGUGCAAGGAGCGACAUACAUGAAGGCAGCUGAAACAGAGAGAGUAUAUGGCCGUCUUGUGUCAUUUUGCACGCACAAGGGUGUGCGAUUGUUGCGGAAGUCUGUCAUCAAGGACUACGACGACUGUAUGGUGUGCAUCUGUACCAAGGCCGGCCUCGAUUGUUCUGAUAUGGCAAUACGCAUUUCCGCUCGAAGCGAAUCUCCAUGUGAAAACGUCCUGAUCGGCUGCAAAAAUAGGUGGGUGCUGAAGGCUGACCGAAGCAGGAGAUGUCCAAAGAAAAUGAUUCCGACGGAUGUCGUUGGGGUUGGGAAAUAGACGUUUUUGCUAGAUGUGUAUUUUGUUACAAACUACGUUGACAGUUAUAAUGCAAAAAUCGCGGUUUAAUGUAAGCUUUGUGGGUUUGUAUCUUUUAAAACUGAUUGCGAAUGAUGAUUUGAAAUAAAUAACCAACGUACUGCA